CUCGAAAGUGAAGGGUUAAAUAUGAUAGAAGCAAUUUAUUUACGUACAUUAAUCCGGGAGGAUAAGCGGGGACGAAAAGGAAGGGACGUGUUCUGUCACUCUCUAAGGGACACCAGCAAUUUUCAAUUGUUGAUCAUUCGAUGUAUUGCAGAUCGAACGCAUGUGAUGUGAUAUUUUUCGUUCUCAUCUUUUUUUCGUUAUUGCACUGAUCAGCCAAUGAGUUCGGAAGUGAGUACGUCGAUGUCGGUGGAGUCCGAUAGUUCCAGGUGGCGGACUGUGAGCAUGACAGUAGGCGGUGAUGAUUGUGAAGAUGAAACCGAAGUAAAUGAUCUCAGGGAAAGUUUACGAGCAUGGAGUUCACUAGCCAGCCCAUCUUCCAGCGCAGUUGACCAAUCAGUGAUUGAAUUUUCGCCGGACUGUGAUUCUGACUUCGAUGCAGUACUCAACAAUGUCUUUGCAGAUAAAAAUCGUUUGUUUCAACCACUUUCGGAUGAUACAUUUGUUGAAGAAGUGUUUGUCGAAAAAAAACCGAAAAUAGUGAAUGGCUAUCUAUUUGGAGAGAGAAUUGGGGAGGGCUCAUAUGGGAAAGUUAAGGAAGUGCUGGAACAAGAUACUUUAGUCAGAAGAGCUGUCAAAAUUAUCAAAGAAGCGCGACUGAGGAAAAUCCCGAACGGUCAUGCUAACGUUGAACAGGAAUUGAGAAUAUUAAAACGAGUACGGCAUCGCAAUGUCAUUGCCUUACGCGAUUUUUUUCGUCUUGACGACAAACAGAAAUUGUAUAUGAUAUUAGAGUACUGUAUUGGUUCCAUGCAGCAACUUCUAGAUGGGUCUAAAGAAAAGAAAUUGCCUGAAUAUCAAGCGCAGUAUUUCUUCAGACAGCUUUGCGAUGGUUUAAGUUAUCUUCAUGGUCAUGGCGUGAUACACAAAGACAUUAAGCCGGGUAAUCUUCUAGUCGCUUUGGAUGGAACGCUCAAAAUUAGUGAUUUUGGAGUAGCCGAAAUGCUCGAUACGUUUCAAGCAGAAGAUUGGUGUACAGUUGUUCAGGGCACUCCAAAAUUUCAACCACCUGAAAUUGUUUCGGGAACUUCCGAGAAUUACCGCGGUCAAAAAGUGGAUAUUUGGGCUUCCGGUGUGACGUUGUAUAAUAUGGUAAGUGGUGAAUAUCCAUUCGAAGGUGAUGUCAUCAUGCGCCUUUUUGAUAAUAUCGCGAAUCAACCCUUGCAAAUGCCGCAAAGUGUUCAACUUUCGAAACCGUUGGAAUAUUUGCUUAUUGCUAUGCUCGAUAAAGAUCCGGAAAGACGAAUGAAUAUGCAUGAUAUUAGGAGAUGCGAAUGGUACAUGCAAAAAGUGGUUGUCGACGAAUUACAUCGUGUUCCGAUAUCAGCAUGUAACAAUGUCCCAGCCCAUCGUCCACUAAGCAUAUAUGUACAACUCGAUCAGCUUUAUGGGUCAACAAUUGAAGAGGACGAUGGGUCAAAUUCUUCUGAGGACCAUCGAAACUUGGUUUCUGCAGUGAUUGUUGAACCAUCUUCUGAAGAUCGACAUAUCGGUGAACAAGUAUCACUCAAUGAAACAAAACGAAAUCGGAGCAUAUUAUCUAUGUGUAUGGGUUUAUCGCGGUCGCCAUGAUCCUCGUGAUAUCAUGCAGCAUUGAAAUACAUUAGUGUUUCCUUAAGUAGCGUGCGUUUAUUCUGGUUUUUCUACAUCAUUUUUCUUUUGCAGUGCGUUAUCUGUCUCAGGCAUUACUUAAUUAUAUUUUAUUAGUAGAUUAUGGAUGUAUAUUAUAAAUUUUAUUCCCAUACAAUUAUCAUUUUACAGAAUUUAGUAUUUUUUGCUGUCGCUUUUGGAUUCAAGCAAAACCUUGCAUUUUUGUAUUUUUAGGAAUUUUUCUGGUUUGCAAAAAAGAAAAUCAGAAAAUUAGGCAGUCUAGAUGUAAAUAUCUUAAACGCAAUGCUAAUAAUUCGAUGCAGG